UACCGAAAUGGAGAUGUUAAUUUCAGUGGUAGAUCCGUCACCUGGAAUAAGAAACGUAUACGAACAUUCGAUUCCUUUUUGGAUGAACUCACAAAUACUCUCAAAUUAAGGAAUGGUGCCGUGUUUCGAGUGUACACCCCCCAUCAUGGACACCGAGUGACCAAUUUUGAUAAGUUGGAAGAGGGCGGAUUAUAUGUGGCUGCUGGGCAAGAAGCUUUCAAACCAUUG